UAUGACAUGUUCAACUGAGGUUAGAAAGAUGGAAGCAUUUGCCAUUUCAAAACGUGAAUACAAUGAAUUAGAAGUAACUGGAGUAUCACGUAGUGGUAGAGUAUGUAAAAAGUCAUACAAACUUAUGGAUUUUGAAUCUUCAAGUAAUGUAAUUGAAAAUAAAAUUAAGAAACCGAAAUUUCAAUUACCACAUGAGCAGGCUAAAAAGAAAAAAUCAAUAGAGUAUCAACAAGUUCAUUCUCCAGUUUCUCAAGUAAUUCAUACAGUUCAUGUUGCUCAAAUCCAUCAUCCACCUCCAAACAGAGAUACUAUAAUAUCUUCAAAAAAAGAUAUUAAAUUAUCAACAAUAUCAAUACAUAAAAAAAAAAAAAUAGAAUCUAGUUCAGACUAUGAAACCCAAUCACAAUCAACAAAUUCAGAAUCUGAUGAAGAUGAUAAUAAAAAAUUACAUAUAGCUGAAUUUUCUAGUAACAAUAUGAGAUUUGAUACUUCAAAAUCAAUUGAUGAUCAGAUUGUAAUUCCAAAAACGAAAUUACUAUUAUCGACAAAACCUAAAAAAAAAGUUAUUCCACUUAAAUUAGACAUGAAACCAAAAUUGAAAGCAAUGGUUAUAUCAAAACCAAAAACAAGAUAUACUGCAUAUAUGUUAUGGUCUAAAGAAAUGAGAUUAGAAUUACUCAAAGAUUGCCCUACCAUGGACUUUACAUCAAUUUCAAAACGAUUAGGAGAAUUAUGGGCAAUGGUUCCUAAUAUGGAAAAAUAUAAUUGGAGCAAUCGUGCUAAACGCCUUGCUGAAAAAAAUCAAACGAUAUCUCCAAAAAAAUUUAUAUCCAAAACUAAUCAAAUUAAAUCAUGUUUAUCUAAUUCACCAAAAAAAAAUUUAGAAAUUUCUCGAUUACCUGAGUCAAUAAAAGUAUUACCAUUUCAAUCGUCUCGUAAUGGUAAAGAAGCAAUAAGAGAUCCCAUUAAAGAAAUGAAUAUAUUCAGAGAUAUUGAACUUCAACCUAUUGAUAUUGCUGCAUACUUAAAAUUAUUAGGUGAAAGUUUAACAGUUAUUGGUGAAAAAUUAAAAGAACAUAAUGGACAAAUAACUGUUUCAGGAAGUCUAUCAGUGUUAUUAGAUUCAUUAUUGUGUGCUCUUGGUAGUUUAAUUUGUCUCUCCCAACAGAUUCCUAUUAUUGGACAUCGAAAUGCUAUCUCCCUAUCUAAGACUUUAGAAAAUAUAGCCUAUAUUAUGCCAGGCCUAUAAAAUUUAAUUUAAAAAAAAUAUAUUUUAAUUCUAAACUGA